UAGACGUAAACAGUUCAUGUCAUUUUAGCGACAGAACGCUUUUCGCUUAAUUUGCACUGUGACACGAACGCUCUUUUGACGUCUCUCAUUUUAGUGCAUGGAAUUUGCAAAAUAUUUUUAGUGGAAUAAACGGGAUAUAUAAUAGUUAAAGAUGAGACCUUUAAUGCUCCAGGGCCAUGAGCGUUCCAUUACGCAAAUCAAAUACAACCGUGAAGGAGAUUUAUUGUUCUCUUGUUCCAAAGAUCAAAAGCCCAAUGUUUGGUACUCAAACAACGGCGAACGUCUAGGAACCUAUGAUGGCCAUCAAGGUGCCAUUUGGUGCCUUGAUGUUGACUGGACAACUUCUAAACUCAUUACUGGCUCUGGUGAUAUGACAACUAAAAUUUGGGACGUUGAGCAUGGUCUGGUGAUUGCUUCGAUACCGGCCAAGUCAUCUGUGCGUACUUGCAACUUUUCCUACUCGGGCAAUCAGGCUGCAUAUACCACAGACAAGGCUAUGGGUCAAAACUCUGAACUUUUUAUUAUUGAUGUUCGUACAGCUGAUUCCAGUUUGGCUGAACAAAAUCCUAUUUUGCGCAUACCCAUGUUGCAGUCAAAGAUUACCUCAAUGUUGUGGGGAUCCUUGGAUGAAACAAUCAUUACCGGUCACGACAAUGGUCAAAUUUCGAUUUGGGAUAUUAGAAAAGGACGUGAAGUCAAUUCGGUCAAUGACCACACAGGCAGUAUCAACGACAUGCAAAUGUACAAGGAUGGUACCAUGUUUGUGACAGCUUCCAAGGAUACAACCGCCAAAUUAUUCGACUCGGAAUCUUUGAUGUGUUUGAAGACCUACAAGACUGAGAGACCCGUCAACUCUGCUUCUAUCAGUCCCAUUAUGGAUCACGUUGUUUUGGGUGGUGGUCAAGAUGCCAUGGAAGUAACAACAACAUCAACAAAAGCUGGCAAAUUCGAUUCCCGUUUCUUCCAUUUAAUCUACGAAGAAGAAUUCGCCCGUCUUAAGGGUCAUUUUGGUCCCAUCAACAGUUUGGCCUUCCAUCCUGAUGGUAGAAGUUAUGCUUCCGGCGGUGAAGAUGGUUUUGUGCGUGUUAAUACAUUCGAUAGUACCUACUACGAACCACUAUUUUAGAAACAAAUAUUUUCUACGUGUAUUUUUUUAAUUUCCAUAAUCAGUCGUUCAAACCACCCAACUAAAAAAAAACAAAAACUAAAGAAUAAUUUAUAUAUUCCUUCUAUAAAUAAAUGAGAGUAGCCUGCCUACAAUUGGAAGAUUUGUUUGUGUUUAAUGUGUCAAACAUGUAUGAAAAUAAAAUUAAUAAACAAAUCUAUUCAAGGACACGGAGAAAGGCCAAACCAAGAAA